GUGGAUCAGCUCUUAUUUCACAAUCGCAUAUAUUUUGCUGAUUCAUGCAUUUUGAUGGUCAGACCACACCCUUUAAGAUAAACUGAUAAAAAGCAGAGUGAGCAUUGUGAGGGGUGCAUUUAUCAUCAGAGACAGAAAUGUUGUGUCUGAGAGGGUUGGUUCCUUUCGUCCUCGGUGCCUUUUUCCUUAUUGUCAAAUCCAGUCAUGGUUCUGAGAUUAUUGAUGGGAAAGAAGUGACGCCCCACUCGUUGCCUUUCAUGGCUCUGCUGGAGACAACUGAACCAGAAUGUGGAGGAAUACUAAUUGAUCCAUUAUGGGUUCUGACUGCUGCACACUGCGAAGACAUAAAGACCGUGUUGCUGGGGGUUCACUCCAUCAAGGAAAAGAAGAAAGAAAAAUGUUUCAGGCAGGUCCGUAAGGUGAAGAAGAGUUUUCCUCAUCCUAACUAUAAUCCCGAAGACGAUGACAAUGACCUCAUGUUGCUCAAGCUGAACAAGGCAGUGAGGCAAACCCUAUGGGUGAGCAGCCUCAAGCUGGAUGAAGUUGUCAAAGACCCACCAGCUGGUUCAGUCUGUACGGUGGCUGGAUGGGGAACAACCAAUGUGGAUUGUUUUUCAGAUGUUUUGAUGGCGGUCAAUGUGACUGUGGUUGAUAGAAUUAAAUGCAACUCCAAGGAUUAUUACGACUCUUACAUAACCAAGAACAUGAUAUGUGCCGGGUCGGAUGGUGAAAACGCUGCUGACACUUGUCAGGGAGAUUCAGGUGGGCCAAUAUUGUGCAAUGGAGCUGUAGUUGGAGUCACAAGUUUUGGGGAGGAAUGUGGAAUCAAACACAAGCCUGGAGUUUACGCUUUCCUUACAAAAGAUCAUCUUGACUGGAUCAAGAAGACAAUGAAGUAAUGCAAAAAAAAAAAAAAAACAUUGUCUUUGAAUUUAGCUGUUUUUUGCUUUGCCGCUUUUUUGAUUUCCUGCUUUCAUUCAGCCUGCAUUAUGUUACUAAGAACUGUACAUUUGUACAACCAAUAAACAUAUAGUACAAAUCCUGA